AUGUCUUCUUUCACCGAUCUCUACUCCGUGAAGCCCUUCAAAACUCAAUGGAGAGUUUACGUGAAGAUAUUGAAGGUGUGGAAACAAUACUUGAAUGGUGUAGAGACUUUGGAAAUGGUUGUUGUUGAUGAGAAGAAUCAAACCAUGCAUGUAACUUUGAAGAAGGAGUUCAUCAAGAAAAAUGAAAAUCUGUUAGAGGAAAGUGCCUCUAGAAUUAUCACAAAUUUUCAAGUGGCUCAUAACGGUGGUAAGUUCAGGACCAGCCCUCACGUUUACAAAAUCCUUUUUGCAUCAACAACAUCUGUCAAACCGGCAGAAGAAAUGGAUCCAAGAAUCUUAGGUUUCAAGUUCGUCAAGUUUAGUGAUAUUCACGAAGGCAAAAUGAAUCCAGAUUUCUUGAUAGAUGCUAUUGGACAAAUUGUGAGCAUUGGGGAUGUGGAGAUCUUGAAUGUUGGAAAGAGACAGACAAAGAUGCUUACUAUGGAGAUCCGUGAUACAUAUGUGGCUCAACAUGCAAAUGAUGCUGUGAUCAUUGCUGUUUUGCGGUUUGGAAAGUUAAAACUUUAUCAAGGUGUUUGGAGUGUUGGCAAUUGCUACAACUGUUCAAUGGUCAUUACUGAUCCAGUCUUCCUAGAAAGUUUGGCUUUUAAAGAGAGAUUGCCAAAAGAUGGUUUAACCCUGACCUAUACCCAUCCAAAUCAGUUGACUAUUGUCAAUUCUGUAUCAGUAAGGGACGAUUUCUUCUUGCAUAGUCCUCGAAGGACUAUUAGCGAGAUUAUUGCUGCUUCUGAGGUUCCUCUAAUGAUUAUGGAUGAUGAUGAUGCUGAAAUUACACCUACUUCUAAACGCAAAAGCAAUGAAAAGUUGGAAGUGAUUAAGGAUACUAAUGAGUAUUCAGCUGCAAAGAAGAAGUGUAAGGAUGAGAAAACUGUUCAGACUAAUCCAAGUACUCUACCCCUUAAGACGGUGAAAACAGAGAAGCCAUGA